GCAGAAAGUGAAUGUCUCCAUGUAAUAUGGCGACUAGAGAAGAUCAAGAGCUGAGUUUAUUAGAAUUGGCAAUUAUAAAAUUAACCGAAGCCCAGAAUGUAAUGGCUGAAGCUAGCGACUCAGUGAACGCCAAAGUAUCUGAUGCGCUGAGGCUCAUGGCAGAAGCAGGCACUCUAUUGAAAAAGGAUCUCGAUAAUGCGCGAGUAAGAAAGGAAGCUGUCGAAGAGAUGACAAGAACAUUGAGUCACGUCCACUUCGCCAGCUCAAUUAAGCUGAAUGUUGGUGGAAAAAUAUACAAUACAACAUUAGAUACUCUAAGAAAGGAUCGAGACUCAAUGCUUUGCGCGAUGUUCUCUGGAAGAUUCGAGUUAAAGGCAGAUCCAGAUGAUGGAGCAUAUUUCAUCGAUCGUGAUGGGAAACUGUUUCGAUAUCUAUUGAACUACCUCAGUGAUGGUGACCUUCUUUACCCUGAUGACCAAACUGUUAGGGAGCAGCUCCUGAAAGAAGCUGAGAUUUACAAAAUUCAAGGAAUAAUCAGUCAUCUCGAGGAAGCGAUGUCUCCAGCGUUACCCUCCUCAAUAAUAAAAGAUGAAAUUGACGAGUCAUACCUUCUGUCGUGGCUGUCACCUGGGACUACUUUUUCUCUGCUGUAUCGCGCCUCUGUAGACGGCAAAACUCCUGCUGAUUUUCACCGCUGCUGUGACAAGAAAGGGCCCACUCUUGUGGUGAUCAGAGGUGAAGAACACAUCUUCGGUGGCUACACUUCAAAGUCCUGGACAUCAGCUUCUCCUAUGAGAGCCAUCGAAGAUAGCGAAUCUUUCCUGUUCACGUUGGUUUGUCCUUCUAGAGGUGAAGCGAUGAAGGUUAAUCCAAAACCAGGUGCUCGUGGUGGCAUAAGGUGCGAAAGAGGAAAAGGCCCUUGCUUUGGAACCUCAGAGGACUAUCACCUUGAAGUGCGGAACAACUUUAGCGCCAGUCUUGACCUACGUUGUGGCUUUAUUUUUCCUGACGGUUUUGAUAAGGAUCCCCACUUCUCUCUAAUAACGUGGUUGGAACUGGAUGAAAUCGAAGUAUUUGAGACUAAUUUAGUCUGACUCAGAAUUCCUAGCUUAAGGUAAUCAGAAGAAUAACAACAACAACAAUCUCUCUUAUCUUAUAAACUAUUACAAAAGAUUAUUGGAAAUAAAACUAGCGUAUUGGCAGCCUGGAAUAACUAUAGGGGCUAGCGGAGCCAAGCAGCCAGUUGACAUCUGCGGAGCCAUGCAGUCAGUUGCAAUCAGCAUUACAUUACAUGAAAUUUGAUUAGAGAGAACUCAUUAUCUAUUUUACAAUCGAAGUGGCUUGAUCCAAUAACUCAGGUUGAACGGACGGGUGAAAAGGCAGGAACGAAUGUAACAACCAUUUUUUUCAUUGAAUAUUAUUCAGUAAAUAAAAUGGAAUGAUCCUUGGUCUAAUGAACAACGAAUCAAAUGAUUAGAUCACGGUUAAGAUAUCAUAACAUAAUCUUCGAUGGCCCUAAUGUACGAACUUGUACUCAGAGAAGUUUAAGAAGUCAGUUUUGUUUUAGAAACAACAAGAAAAUUAGGGAGAGAAGAAAUAGAGUGCAAAGUUUAACAACAAUUUUUGAAACUCUUUUUUUAAACUCGACCGAUUCCCGAUGAAUAAAGCACUGACUUGGCUAGC